AUGACUGAUGAAGACAUCAAUAACACGACCAAAACCCUACCGAAUGAGAGCUUGGAAGAUUACAGUCAAAAGCUGCAGGAUAAGCCAAAGAAAACCCGGACGAAGAGCAAGGCUAAAAAGCCUGCCAAGAAGAAAACCAACCCCGCCGAGUUAUUUAACUUGGACGAUAAAGAUGAUGAUGACGAGUCGGAGGAUGAUGCGGAGGCAAGUCGCGCAGAUGAUGAAGAGGGAACAUCUCAUUCCUCCUCCGACGACUCAACGGGGCCUCAAAUUCCAGCCUUCAAGACUGUGCCUGGUGGCAUGGCCAAGCCUAGCAAGAAGGCGAAACUGAACAAGCCAGCUGAAGAUUCCAACCCUUCUGAGCCGGAAAAGCAACUGCCAGAGACCUCCCAUCCAACUAUUGAAGAUACCAUUUAUGACCUGCCACCAGAAUGA